AUGAGCCAUACGAAAAAACAUAAACGAUAUCAUUAUAAUUCAAAUGAUGGAAGAGAUGAAGAUGAACAUCAAAAACAUCAUCUAUCAAAAAUAAUAGAACAGCCGAUUGAAGAACCAGUCAUAGAUCCAUCAUUUGAUUGGCUUGCUCGACGUCAUUAUCUUACUGAGACAUAUCUUAUUGAUAGUUCUAUGUUUAGUUCUCCUAAAGACCUUGAAGAUUUUUGGAAAUUUGUACAAAAAUAUCAAUUAUUUCAACAACGACGAAAACAACCACAUAAACCUAUAUCAACUAAUGUUGAUCAACAACGUUCGAAUAUAUUAAAUAUACCAAUAAUUUAUGAUAAAAACCAUCGUUUAAAUAUAUCUAUAACAAUAAAUAAAUCAUUAACACAUAAUGUUCCACGUUAUGAUAUGACUGGUGAGAAAAUUAUAGAUCAGUAUCGUUUAUCUUCUGUUCGAUUAGCUGAAUUUAAAUCAAUAAUUGAAUAUUAUUUUGAUUUUAAUCAAAAAGAAAAAUUUAAACGUAUUUAUAAACUUCGACAAGAUCAAAAUAAUUUACCAAUUGCAAAUCAUCGUCGAGAAUUACUUGAAGAAUUAAAAAUUCAUCAAGUCAUUUUAAUUGCUGGUGAUACUGGUUGUGGAAAAUCAACACAGAUUCCAAGAUUUUUACUUGAAGCUGGUUUCGAUAAAAUAGCUUGUACACAACCAAGACGUAUUGCUUGUAUUUCAUUAGCUAAACGUGUCAGUUAUGAAACAUUAAAUGAAUAUGAUAAUCAAGUUGGAUAUCAAGUUCGUUUUGAAAAAACUCGAGUAAAAUCUACUCGAAUUAUAUUUAUGACAGAAGGUAUUCUUUUACGUCAACUUCAAACAGAUUCAUCUUUAUCAGAUUAUGAUAUAUUGGUGAUUGAUGAAGUUCAUGAACGCCAUUUAUUUACUGAUUUUAUAUUGGGUAUUAUUAAAUGUUUGAUAACUCAACGAAAAGAUCUCAAAGUUAUUCUUAUGUCUGCAACAAUUAAUAUUGAAUUAUUUUCAAAUUAUUUCGAGAAUUGUCCUGUUGUUAAAGUACCAGGUCGUUUAUAUAAAAUUCAAGUCAAUUAUCUUCCAAUUAAAGUUGAAGAAUCAGUUGGAAAAACAUCAAAAAUUGAUGCUAAACCAUAUUUACGUAUUAUGGAACAGAUUGAUAAUAAGUAUCCAUCAACAGAUCGUGGUGAUAUGCUUAUAUUUUUAAGUGGUAUGGCUGAAAUUCAAGGAGUUAUGGAAGCAGCUCAAUCAUAUGCUCAAGAAGCUCAACGUUGGGUUGUUCUUCCAUUACAUAGUGCAUUGUCACUUGAAGAACAAGAUAAAGUAUUUGAUAUGGCACCUGAAGGUAUACGUAAAUGUGUUAUAUCAACAAAUAUAGCUGAAACAUCAGUAACAAUUGAUGGUAUGCGUUUUAUAAUUGAUUCCGGAAAAGUUAAAGAAAUGUCAUAUGAUGGAAAAUAUAAAAUGCAACGUUUACAAGAAUUUAAUAUAAGUCGUGCAAGUGCUGAACAACGUAAAGGUCGUGCUGGACGUACAGGACCUGGUGUUUGUUAUCGUUUAUAUAGUGAAAAUGAUUAUUUAAGUUUUCAAGAAUAUUCAACACCAGAAAUUCGUCGUGUACCACUUGAUUCACUCAUAUUACAAAUGAUUUCUAUGGGUUUAAAAGAUCCAAGAAAAUUUCCAUUUGUUGAACCACCAGAUAUGACAGCUAUAGAUAGUGCUUUACUUCGUCUUCAAGAACAAGCAGCUUUAUCAACAAUUGAUUGUUCAUUAACAUCAAUUGGUUCCAUGCUUGCUCGACUUCCUGUUGAUGUUUCCAUUGGAAAAAUGCUUAUAUUUGCUUGUAUUUUUCAAUAUGUUAAUCCAAUAUUAAUAAUGGCAUCAGCAUUAAGUAUUCAAUCACCAUUUCUUAGUUUUCUUCAAUGUGAUCCAGAUACAAUAACACGUCGUCGUCCAAUGAUGUCGAAUCAUGGUGAUCCAUUUACAUUAUUAAAUCUUUUUGAUGAAUGGAUUUAUGUGAAAUCUGAAGGACAAAAUACUCGUACAUGGUGUAAACGACGUGGUGUUGAAGAACAACGUCUUUAUGAUAUAACAAAACUUCGACGACAAUUUCAAGAUAUUCUUCGAGAUUAUAAUAUGGAAAUUGAUUAUCAACAAGCUAAACGACGUACAACACUUGAAAAACGUGAACAUUGGAAGAAAAAACAACAAUUAAAAGAUCUUAAAUCAGAACAUGAUAAAGAAUCAAAACAAAGAAAAUUUCUUAAAUUAGAAGUAAGACAAUAUUAG